GGCCCAGAGAAGCCAAGCGACUUCCCCGAGGUCACACAGCGUGAGCCUCGGGCCCAGGCCCCGGAGCUGCUCUGCCGUAAAGUUGGUUGCAAUCCAGCGCUUAGAGCAGUGCUUCGCACAUAGACAUCAUGAAGCUUCUCAGCGUUUUGGAGCCCGGAGCCCGCCCCAGAAAAGCUACCUGGUAUACCCUGACUCCUCCUGGAGAAGGUCCCUGUCCUCGAGUUGGCCACAACUGCUUGUACGUCCCCCCUCAUCCGAAAUCAGGAAAGAGCAAAGUUGUCAUCGUCGGGGGAGCAGAUCCUAAUGGGAGCUUCUCUGAUGGGCACAUCAUUGAUCUGGAGAGGUAUGAGUGGAAAACUACCAACUGGGAAGGCUUGUUGCCCCGAUACGAGCAUGCCAGCUUCAUUCCCUCCGAUAGCCCUGGCAGCAUCUGGGUGUUUGGAGGUGCUGACCAGGCAGGAAACAGAAACUGCCUGCAAGUUUUGAAACCCGAAACCGAAAUGUGGAAAACUCCGAAAGUGACCGGCCACUUACCGUCUCCGAGAACAUUUCACACGGGAUCCGCCGCCGUCGGCAACCGGUUGUAUGUGUUUGGUGGCGGAGAUAGAAGAGCCGAGCCCGUUCAGGACACCCAGCUCCAUGUGUUUGACGCAAGCACCCUGACUUGGUCGCAGCCCCGGAUAGACGGGAAACCUCCGUCCUCUCGGCAUGGCCACGUGGCGGUGGCGGCUGGGUCUAAGCUAUUUAUCCACGGAGGCUUAGCAGGGGACACGUUCUACGACGACCUUUAUUGCAUUGACACAAAUGAGCUGAAGUGGGAGAAGUUGAAAACGAGUGGGACCAUCCCCCCCGCCUGUGCAGCGCACGCUGCUGCGGCUGUAGGAAAACACAUCUAUAUCUUCGGAGGAAUGAGUCCUGCGGGGGCUCUAGAUACCAUGCACCGGUAUCACAUAGAAAAGCAACAUUGGACAUUGCUAGAAUUUGAAUCCUUUUUGCCCCCUGGACGGUUAGAUCAUUCCAUGUGCAUCAUUCCAUGGCAAGGAGAUUCAGGCUUUAAGGAAGAAGACGGCGUAAAGUCCGAGGACGAAAUAGAGAAAGAAAACUUAUCGGAUGGAACGGGUGGUGAAGUUGGUGACUCAGAUCCAAGAAACCGCAGAGAAACGCUCCUGUGUUUAGUGUUCGGUGGAAUGAAUACUGAAGGAGAAAUCUUUAGCGACUGUAUUGCAACAGUGGUUGACUAAUAAAAAUGCUGAUUCCAACAUCCCUCUUCCUGAAGUACAGAGAAGAGUCGCGGCUUAUGAAGUUACUUCAGUGGACCUGGAUUUGUAUCCCAAUUUUUUGCUAGGGGUGGGGUGAGGAAGCAAAGUGGGUGGUAGACCAGGGACAUAUAUUUUAUUUGCAGCCCCCCUCCCCCCCAUAACUACUCUUGCAGUCAAUCCUGAGCCAGAGUUGAUACCUGGAUAUUAAUGAGAGUGACUCGGUUCACCCUUCUAGGCCUCUUAAACAGGUGGAACUCUCACUUUGG